UCCUUCUCUGGAGCAGGUCGACUUUCACAACCACUGUUAAAGCGAUUGACCCUCACUACAGCAAAGUUAAAUAGCCUGGCCAUUGGUCUCCGUCAGAUUGCAGCAUCCACUCAGGACAGCGUGGGUCGGCUGAUCAGGAGAACCAGAGUUGCAAAAGGACUGGAUCUAGAGCAAAUAACUGUUCCAAUUGGUGUCCUGUUAGUGAUUUUUGAAUCUCGUCCAGACUGUCUUCCACAGGUUUCUGCACUGGCGAUAGCAAGUGGAAAUGGCCUGUUAUUGAAAGGAGGGAAAGAAGCAACCUACAGCAACCACAUCCUGCACCAUUUGACCCAGGAAGCACUUUCCAUGCAUGGUGUCAAGGAUGCAGUUCAUUUGGUGAGCACUCGUGAAGAAGUAGAAGAUCUUUGUAGAUUGGACAAGCUCAUUGAUCUAAUCAUCCCUCGAGGCUCCUCCCAGUUGGUUCGGGACAUUCAAAAAGCAUCAAAAGGCAUUCCAGUCCUUGGGCACAGUGAGGGGAUUUGUCAUAUCUAUGUGGAUUCUGAUGCUAAUAUAGAAAAGGCCAUCAAGAUUGCUCGAGAUUCCAAAUGUGAUUACCCUGCAGCGUGUAAUGCUAUGGAGACAUUGUUAGUCCACAGAGACUUGCUGAGGACGCCCUUCUUCGACCAGAUUAUUGACAUGCUGAGAGUAGAACAGGUGAAAAUUCAUGCUGGGCCCAAGUUUGCAUCAUACCUGACUUUCAGCCCUUCAGAAGUGAAAUCCCUUCGCACAGAAUACGGGGACCUGGAGUGCUGCAUUGAAGUUGUGGACAAUGUGCAAGAUGCAAUUGAACACAUACACAAAUAUGGCAGCUCGCACACAGAUGCAAUUGUAACAGAAAGUGAGGAGACAGCUGAAUACUUCAUGCAGCACGUUGACAGUGCCUGUGUCUUCUGGAAUGCAAGCACUCGUUUCUCUGAUGGAUAUCGAUUUGGACUUGGUGCUGAGGUUGGAAUCAGUACGGCACGUAUCCAUGCCCGUGGGCCAGUGGGAUUGGAGGGGCUGCUGACCACCAAGUGGCUGCUACGUGGAGAGGGCCAGGCAGUGUCUGACUUUGCAGAGCAAGGCAGCAUGAGCUACAUACAUGAAAACAUACCUGUACCCCAAAGAACAUAAACACUUUCAUGGUGAAGGUGUCACUGCAAGCAGCUGCACACUUCCCUCAAUACUUGCCUUUGUUUUAAAGCUACCAACAAACAUAUUUAUCCUCCUAGGAAUGUUCUGUAAUUGUCUAUCAUAGCUUUCUUAGGAAGCUGGAAAACAAUGUUUAUAAGGGAUCCUCUGAGUAUCUGUGUUCCUUGCAUUCCACAUUUGGCAAAGUCUUUCAUGCACCUCUUUUUGUUUUUGGUUUCAUUGAGAUCCAUUUCUGAAGUUUUUGUACCUAUUGCUGCCCCUUUCUCUGAAUACUCCAUUCAGGUGUUUAAAGGGGCUCUUAUUAGCUUAGGUACCUUUUUGAAGUGACAAGUGAAUUAAUUAUUCUACAAUGAAACAGUAUCCAGGACAAGUCUUAUCAAACAGAGAAUCUACCAGUCAAAACCCAGACAAUUAUUUUUCAAUAGAAGUGUGAAGGUAAGUAUUGAAGAGGAAUACAAAUAACACCAAUCGGGUUGCUCUCAUUGUAGGCACUCCUUCCAAAAUCAUUGUGAAUGGGGCCAACUUAUCAUGCUGAUGUUCAUAAGUUAUCACUUGACCUUUUAAACAUGUUUCCAUAUAUUCACCUACCGUUGGCAGCAUUGUCACCAAAGACUGUCGUAUCAUUUGAACGGGCUUUACUUCAAUUGUGACCCCAGUCCAGCAGGAAAUUGGGAAUUUGAGGUCAAAUAAGCGUAGAUCUAAUAUUGUAUGGAUGAAGGGCACAAUCCUGCAAUUGUAUUCCUACAACAGGGGGUGGUGUUUGGAUGCCAAAAUCCCUCUAUAUACACAAAUCACUUAAAAACUAACAUUCCGUUACAGCAAGCAGUUAGGAAGAUGAAUGGAAUGUUUACCUGGCAGUUGAUGAAACCAAGGCUGCUGUUGUAGUAUUUUGCCUUGCUCAGACAGCUCCCUACCUUAGAACCAACAUGUUCCUCAGAGAAAGAAAUCUCGCAAAGCCACAUGAGAUUGAUUUUAUAGCUAAGGAUUAUGAGUAGAAUGGGCCUUUAAUCUGCGGUGUUUAUUAGUGAAGCUCUGAUUAAAGUUAUCAUAUUAAUGGAGGGAUUGCUGGCAUGGAUGCUGAAAAUUUGUUUCCCCUGGUUGGAGACUCCAGAACUAGAUGGCAUAUUCUCAGGUUAAGGAUUUGGUCAUUUUGAACCAAGAUAAAGUGAAAUUUCUUCACUUGGUGUGGAAAGGGGAAUGUUUGAAAUUUCUGUCUUUUGAGAUCUGUGAAUGCUCAGCCAUUGAGCAUAUUCAACACUGAGAUCAAUAGAUUUUUGAUCAAAAUGGAUCAAGAAUAGGCAGGGAAAGUGGUCUUAAGGCACAAGAUCAUCCAUGAUGGUUUUGAGUGAUGGAGCAUACUCGGGGGUGGGGAGGUGCUGUGGAGCCUUAUCAUCUUAAUGUCACUGUUGGGGAAACACAACAUCGAUUCUCUGAGUCAAUAAAAUGUGGAGCUGGAGGAGCAUAGCAGGUCAGACAGCAUCUGAGGAGCAGGAAAGUUGAUGUUUUAGGUCAGGAUCCUCCAUCAGGACUGGGGAGGAGGAAGGGAGCUCAGAAAUAAAUGGCGCGGGAUGGGGCUGGGGGAAGGUUGGUGGGAUGGUGAUAGGUGGAUGCAGGUAGGGGGUUGUAGAGCUUGGUCAGGUGGGAAAGGUGGAACAGAUAAGUCAGAAGGAAGAUGGACAGAUCUCAGGUCAAGGAGGUGGAGAUGAGAGGGAGGGCUGGACCUUGGAUGAAGCUGGGAGUGGGGAGAUUUUGAAGCAGGUUUUGCCCACCUUGAAAUAGCUCCUCUGAUAAGAGUUUGGUGUAAACCUCCAAGAAUGCUGCAUUACAGAGAAACUGGAUAGACUGUGAAGUCAUUACCACCAAGAUUGAUGCGAGCAGAAUCUCAUUUAAGAUUGCCUAGACUGAGAGAAAGGUACAUAGGACAAAGGGUGAAUGAGGGAUCAGUAAUGAUAUGCAUUUAUUUGGCAGGAGAAGGCAGUGAGCCUGGGCUUGGGAGAAAAUUAAUAAAACGUACGGAAUGUCAAGAUCAACACAGUAUUUCCAACAUAGACCAGAGAGGAAUAUGUUAUAGUGGUGAAGAAUCAAAUUUCACCUUCCCUUUAGGUUCAGUAGGCAUAGCUCACACGAGUAAGUACUCCUGGAAUGAAUAGCCUUAGAGUUGGACUCUAGUGCCGAUAGAAGUCCUAUAUUGGAGGGACAUAAAGUAAAUAGUUCUCCAGAGUUACUAACUUUGACAUAAUGUAGGUAUAACUGAAAUCAUGUAUCUGGAAAUAUUAGUUUGGAAGUCUCCAGAUGAUCCUGGAACCUGCACCUUAUGUACUAGCACCUCUAAAUCUGAAACAGUGAAAAACUCUUAAAUUUGAGAAGUCUGACCAUUUGUUCAAUUAAGGCAUUAAAGAGGAUAUUAGAUGAUUAUUUGGAUAGAAAUGAAGUGUAGGGGUAUUGGGAGAAAACAGAUUGGCAGUAGGUAAUGACGCUCAAUUGAAGUGUGGUAGCAGACGAGAUGGGCCAAAUGGCCUCCUACACUGUAACACUCAUGUGAUUGAGAGAGUUUGGUGGAAAUCGGGUUAUUAUAAUGCCAGGCAAAAAGAAGGCACAAAGGAUGGAUAAAUGUCACACUAGGUUCCCUUCACUAGUCACAGAAUUGAAUGAGGCCACAGCAUAUGCUGAGAUUUGAUUGGUUAGUGUGACACAGGAUACAAAGACUUGCACAUCUAUAUCAUUUUUCAUUGUCAUGUUUUCCAGCCAAUGAAAUGCUUUUGACGUAUAGUCAUUGUUGUAAUGUAGGAAACAGUGUAGCCAAUUUGCACACAGUAAAAUCCCCAUAACAGAAAUUUAAUAAUGAGCAGUUAAUUUCUUUGAUGCUGAGAUAUAAAUAUUGGCCAGGAUACUAUGGAUAGCUUUUCUGCUACUCUUCAUUAUAAUGCCAUUGGGUUUCUCAUGUACAGCUGAGAGGGAAGUCAGCAUCUAGGUUUAUUGUCUCUUAAAACCUGGCAACUUCGAUAAUGCAGCACUCUCAGUAAGGUUUAGGAGUUCAGUGUAGAUUUUAGUGCACAGAUCUCAUGAGUACAACUUGAAUUCACAACCUUCUGAUUCAGAUAAAAGUGCAAUUUUCUCAAAGCUGGCAACUAGGAUGCCCAGCACGAUCCACAUCUGGUCCAAAAAUGGAGGGAUUAAAUUAACUCUAAUAGCCAGAAUCCUUCAUGUUGGGAAUAGAAUAAAUAUUUAAAUCUUAUUCACUGGUUGUUCGAUUGAAGAGUCACAGACCAUAAGCCUGAUUCUUUAAAGGACACGAUACCAUUGCAUCCAAAGUGAAAAUGCCUUUCGUUGUCACACACUUCAUAUGCAGAACUAGCAAUCUGAUCACUUUUAGAUGUUUUAGAAAGUAAAAAAAAAAUUGCUGGAUUUUUGAAGAUCUAUGCAAUUUCUGGGUGUGAGAUAGGAGUUUCCAAUGCCAGUGAUGAAGUUUAUAUUUUGUAAAAGUGCGUUUAGGAGUUGAAUUUCAAACACUUGACCUGAGCAAUUAGAGUGAAUUAAAACAUGGCACUGAAGGAUCCUGCACCAGUUUUAAGGAACUAUCCAUCUAACUGCAAGUAAAUUCCCCAGAUAAACCAGCCAACAGCCCCUAAAAAGUGACUUGUACAUCUGUUGCAUUCUCCCUCUUGGACUUUUGGUGCUUUUAGCAGUGGGUAUGAGAGUUUCCAAUCUGGUGUGGUUUUCACUCUGUUUAGAUUACAUUGACAAUGAAUUGUCUUGAAAUAUUUUGUAUUUGUUAAAGAAUAAAGUUUUCAAUAAAUAUGGA